AUGAAGAUCCUUUCAGAACCCCUUCACGCUGAGCAUAUAGCUGACCAAGCCUUGAUCAAUUUCGAGCCUACCCACACCUCUAUAACCAAUGAUGAGCAAAAGGUGGUAGAGCUUUUAGAAGAUGAAGUAACCGGGGAAAUUCCACCUGAACAAGAAGCUUUCCUAAAUGAGUCCAUAGACUCUGACCCCUUCUCUAAUUACCAUGCCACUAGCCUAGGUACUUAUUGCAUUUUUGAAGAGGAUCAGUUGAUCCCAAAACUCACCAAAGAUCUGUUCUCCGAAGAUCAGCUAUCUUCAACACUAUGGACUUUACACUUUGACGGUGCCAAAUGCAAAAUGGGCUCCAAAGCUGGAGUUUGUCUCACCGCUCCUACGGGCGAACAAAUCCGAAAGUCUUUCCGAUUGCAGUUCGCAUGUUCGAAUAAUGAAGCAGAGUACGAAGGGCUAAUUCAAGGUUUGAACAUGGCAGAAAAAAUGGGCAUUAAAAAGUUGAAGGUCCUCGGUGAUUCUAAAUUGGUAGUGCACCAAGUUCGAGGGAUAUCCAGUGCCAAGCACGUUCGCAUGAGAUCUUACCGUUCCAAAGUUUGGGAUUUAAUAGAAAGUUUCGAUGCUUUCAAUAUCACAAGCAUUCCUCAGACACUAAAUACUGUAGCAGAUCACAUGGCGACCAUAGGAGCUCAUUUUGAUCCAGUUGUAGACCUCUUAGUCGGCCACCUAGCAGUCAGUAUCAUGGUUCGUCCGGCUAUUCCUGAUAAUGAUACAUAUUGGAAGGUGUUUGAAAGUGAUGAGCAGAUUGCUUUGUUUAUUCAAAGCUCGGGAGAGUUUGCCAAUCAGCUAUAA